GAAACAGGUGAGUGGGCGUGGCGGACUCACAACACUCCUUAUAUUUCACAGCCUGAGAAGCAUUCUCACUUCACCAGUGAGAGUGUGAGCGAUCAAGCUACGACCUCUAAAGAUCAACAACAAACAGCCAACAGGAAAGCAUGUCCUUAAAUGGUAGCUUUCUGUCUGACGAGCAGUUCCAGUGCUCAAUCUGCCUCGAUGUGUUCACUAACCCCGCGUCCACAUCGUGCGGCCACAGCUUCUGCAUGAGCUGUAUCAGCAGAUACUGGGAUGGAUGUAAGGUUUACCAGUGUCCUCUGUGUAAGAAGACCUUCCCGAAGCGACCAGACCUCCACAUUAACAGGACGCUGCGAGAGAUCACGGAGCAGUUCAGAUCCACGAGAGGAGGGGGAGGAGGGGUGAAGGAGAAGAGAGGGGGAAGAACUAGAGGAGGCAUACACCACAACUUAUUUGAUGAAUUGAAGAAGAAGCUGCCUCGACAUCAUUCAAAAACAUCAGUGACGCCGACCUGUGAGGCUCAAUUUAAGACAGCUGACUGUUUACCAGUCACGACCUCACAAGCUUCUUCGGUACCAAACCACAAUCCAUUUGCUGCCCUGAACCACAACCAUGGACCUCCUCCGCCGGCGGUAUGUUCCUCCCACUCCAGCGGCCGGAGAAGGUUCACCGUGAGUGGUGCUGCAAGCAGCCACAACCUGCCUGUCUGUGAGACCCACCGCAGAGGAUUAGUGAGGUACUGUAAGACUGACCAAGUAUGUCUCUGCCCUGAAUGUGAGACAGAGGACCACUGGGAUCACGACACAGUGACUGUCGAAGAAGAAUGGAUGCAAACCAAGGUCCAACUAAGUAUGUCGGAGCAGGAGAUCCAGGAAAUGAUCCGACAGAGAAUCACGAAGAUCGAGGAGAUCAGAAUGUCUGUGACCGAACUGGAGAUGACAGUUGAGCGAGAGACAGCGGGCAGCGUUUGCCUGUUUUCCGCACUAGUGUCUGCCAUUGAGCACUCCCAGGCAGAGCUGAUGGAGGUGAUGGAGAUGAGUCGGAAGGCGGCCGAGCACCAGGCCGAUGCCAUGAUACGACAGCUGGAGCUGGAGGUUGAAGAAUUGCGGAGGAGGGAAAACGCCCUCUCCGAGCUCACCCAAUCAGAAGACUACGUACACUGUGUCAAGACGUUCCCCAUCCUCUCCACUCCUCCACGUGCCAAAGACUGGUCUGGGGUGUCAGUGAACUCCGACGUGGGAACAGGGACCAUCUACAGGUCGCUGGCAGCUCAGAUGGAGAGCUUCCAGGAACAGCUGAAGACUAUCGCAGAAACAGGUUUUCCUGCCUCAGUACUGGCACCCAGUCCAGUCCGAACACAGCCCAGGAUCAAGAGGGUACAGGAGUAUGCAGUGGAUGUGACUCUGGACUCCAACACGGCCCAUCCCAGACUGAUUAUGUCAGAGGACCUGAAGAGUGUGAGGUGUGUUGAACGACACCAGAUGCUUCCAGACAAUCCAGAGAGGUUUGACAGAGUUAUCUGUGUCCUGGGGAGGGAGAUGAUCUUCUCCGGGAGGCACUACUGGGAGGUGGAGGUGGGAGGGAAGACGGACUGGGAUCUGGGGGUGGCAAAGGAAUCAAUCAACAGGAAAGGAGCGAUUGAAGUUACCCCAAGCAACGGAUACUGGUUCCUCAGCCUAAGAGACAAGAACAAGUACGCUUUUCGCUCUAAAGCAUCCACAGAUGUCGAUCUGAACCUCCGACCAAAUAAGAUUGGGAUAUUUGUGGACUAUGAGAAAGGACAGGUGUCUUUUUACAACGUUGAUGCUAAACUCCACAUCUACACUUUCAAUGACACUUUCAGUGAAUGCAUCUAUCCGUUCUUCAGCCCCUGCACUAAUAAAUCCGGAAAGAACGAUGGGCCUCUGAUCAUCACGCCAGUAAACAUGAAUGAGUGACAGAACAACACCUGAAAGUUACUUGUUUCUUCUUCUCUUUUUAAUAUACAUCAUCAUCAUAAAUCAUGGUUGUAUUAUAUAUAUAAAUAUAUAUAAACAUUCACUGUUGGCCUCUUUAAGGUUAUAUGUGUAAAUGUUCAAAAGGAUUCUUGUUAUUAAAGUUUCCUGCAGUGAGCAUCCUAUUGCUCAACAUCCCAGGCAUUGGCCAAAACAGUGACAUGACAUACGCGAGACCGAACACUGAAAUGAACACAUGAACACACUGAAUGCUAGAAAAUGAAAGAAUUAUAUUUGUAAAGUUGCUUUAUUUUCUUUGGACCAUCGGCUCUGUUAAAGAAAUAUUGUUUGGCCGAGUAGAUACAGUACAAGCACACAAAACGUCAAAUGCCAACACCAAAUCUGAAGGAUAACAUAUCCUAAAUAUCUGUUUUCCCCCUAGUUCCUGUAGGAUUCCCUAUUAGGUCAUCUUUAGCUGGCCUUAACCUAGAACAACUUAUCUAUCUGAUGUUUAGACUCCAGUGCUACGUCAUACUGGAAUCUAUUACUCUCCAUGAGUUGUACUUAAUCUGUGGAGUCAGUGAGUUCUUGUAAACAUUCUCAUACUCAAAUCUUUCACAAACAUUCCCACGCAACACAGAUAUCUGCUAGCCUGAUGCCUGAGCUACUGUCUCUAUCAUAUCAGUCUAACUGUUGUCUCCCUAACAAGGACAGUUACAUGAGAGAACUAGAGCUGGAAGGUCAGUGGACACUUGCAGGGUCAGCUAAUGACUCUAAGCUGGACCUGUCUUACCUUUCCCUGUUACAAGUCCCCUAAGCAUAUUCUUUAACAGGCUCUACGAUACUAUCUUGCCGUCUGCAAAUCACCCCAUCAGCCAACGCCACGAAGCAACUGACGCCAGAACAACGCUGCACAGCCAGCCAGUGAUUUAUGCUGCUUUGUAGAAAAACGCUACCUUAGUGCAAAUUGAUGACAGAGUCUAAUGUGCAUGCAAAGAACUGCUAUGUUGCACAUCUUGAUAGGUAGCACAUAGCAAAAGAACACCAGCCAAGCCCAGCUUAGGUUAUGUUACAGCUAUUUGGCCGCAAGUGAAUUUUAUAGUUUAGAUUAGCUCGUUGAAAGCAAUCGUAACAUAAUGGCUUAAAGGUUCUAUUAACAGAAAUACAAUGUAAUAUACAUUGUAUGUUUUCAGUGGAGUAUAAAGACUUUACAUAAUGCACAGUUUGUUUUUAUUACCUUAGAAUGAGCUGUUUCUAUCUACAUACAACGCGGGUCCUCUUACAUGGACGUCACCAUGUAGCGCCGCCAUGUUUCUACAGUUGCCCUAACGGCUCUACAGAGCGCGUGUUGUCUCUACGUUAAAUACGUACAAAGAAGAAGAAGUAACUUUAGUAGUAGAAGAGAGCUGGGACGGUUGAAAGAGGGACGAACGAAACACAGUGAUUUUCUCAGAGACCAUACACGUCUGAUAUGCCAAACUACCUCAGCACGUACAGUCCACAGAACUUAACAGAACAGGGAAAAAUCAGGUGGAUACGUCACACUUUCCUGAAGUUUUAAAUGUCAAAGUUUUACAGUUUAGAAGCUAGUGAAGUUUAAACGUCAGGAGUCACUGUCGGGACGAUUGAAACAGGUGUCCCGACAUGCAGCCAUUCAACCUUAUUUAGAUACGGCGGGAGGCGGGGGACAGAGUCCACUAUGCUGCAGGCUGGCACUCACAGCCAAAUAACAGGGUCUUCACAGUAGACCAGGAAAACAGGCUGCAGAUGUGCAUAAAAAGGGCAGCCAAUAUCUAAUCCAAAUGUGCAUUAGCUGUUCUAGUUAUGUGUACCUUUCGUUCAAAGUGAUAUACUGAAGUCGUUCCACAUUUUAACAAGAUAACACCUGGUAUUGAUAGAGCACACACGUGAGUUGUUGAUGACAACAAAUGAUUUCUGUCUGUAACGUUAUAUUUUAAAAUGACAUUUAUCUGAAAAGUGUUUCAAUCGUCCCGGCUCUCCUCUACUAGUAGUACUAGUCGACAGGUUUAUUAGAAGUAAGAAGAUAAGUGAAAUUUGGACAAAAAGAAUGACCCUACGUAUUAUUUAGCACAAGAGCUGACGGAGCGUGUCGCCCACCAUAGCUUCUCCUGUUGCUUGGAUCUGGUGCCGACCGCCCCGAUAUGCCAGCCCACAAAGUAACCUGCAAACGGCAAACCAGACAAUCUGCCAGCCAGAUCAGCCCUGGAGGUCAAGGUGAAUUAGCUGACGUUAUCCACUCAAGACCGUAUCUAGUUUGCUAGCUAGCAAUUUGUCUGUAUUAACCAGUUAACGUUAGCCAACAUUAGCCAGCUGCAAUCACAAUAUGACAAUAGUUGCACAUGCUUUGCAGUAAUGUUAAUUUUGACAUCAGAGUUUGUGCUGGACUGUAUUUUGUGAUUGAUCAAGUCGUUUGUUGAUGUUUGCGGACUCAAUUUCUAAGCUAACGUUUGCUUGUGUUGCACACUGCACCGUUGUAGGAGGGCAGAAGAUGAAUCACUCGGAAGUGUGCAUAAAUGUCACAUCCUUUAGAUUUUCCUGUAAAAAACGCCCUAAGUCCUUUACAUACAAAAACAGUUCACAUGCUUUACAUUCUUAUAUUGCAUCUUUAAAACUUGCUGUUGGCAUAUGUUGUCUGACUGUGAAUAGUUUAUUAAUACAGCUGAGAGAUUAUAAUGUUGUAUAUAAAAUGACAUGCUGAUCAUUUAUUAAAACAAUCACAUUUUCUGAUUCA